ACCAAGGUCCAGUGAGGGAUGAGGAAGAGCCUUAAAAACAGACAAAGUGGGUGGCUGAGGCUGCAUCCGGCGGCGGAGCCAGCACUUCCAGCCUGUUGCUUUACUUUCUGCUGCACCAACACAGUCAUUAUGCCGAAGAGAAAGUCUCCAAAGAAUGCAGAGGGCAAAGACAGAUGUAAAGUAACUAAACAGGAGCCCACAAGACGAUCUGCCAGAUUAUCAGCACAACCUGCUCCUCUGAAACCCGAACCUAAACCAAGAAAAACAUCUGCUAAGAAAGAACCUGGAACAAAGCUCAACAGGGGUGCUAAAGAGAAGAGGGAGGAGAAGCAGGAAGCUGGAGAGGAAGGCGCAGAACACGGAAUCUGUAGACAACAAGGGAGAGUGAAUUGUCCUGAAAAAUUGGGGUUGAUUUUACGUAUCUCUUGGGACAACUUUUAAAAGCUAUUUUGACCAAGUCUUUUGUAAUUGCUAAUUUUUUAGGACUCUACUUGUUGGCAUAGAAAAAUAUAUAAAGAUGGACAUUUUAUCCUCUCCUAGUCAUACUUUUUGGAAAUUUCCAUCAUCCUCAAGUAAAAUAAUAUCAGUUUAA